AACACAUGGGGUGUGCUUUUGUUUCUACCAGGUCUUCUUUAAGAGGGGUGCUGUUGUGUGCUACCCACGUGGGAAUGUUAUGCAUGUAACCAAAACAUCCCUUUAAACAGUGAGUUAUAUUCUUUUCUAAAGCGAAGUGAGGAUAUAUUAGAAUACUUUAAUCAAAAGUGAAAACUAAUAAUGGUGGGCAAGAUUAAGCGAGUCCGCCAGAAGCUUCAUCAUGAGGCAGUGAAGCUGACGCAGGAGACCGGAGAAAGAUCCUGGAAUUCCGGCCGUAAGUCGGUAAAGCUCACCGAGCCUGGAGGAUUGCUGAUUUUAAAACAGUCAAUCGUAAAUACAUUGAAGCAUGUUGAUACUGAGGAGAAAGUUAAGACGUUGAGUGGUGAAGACCCCGUUAAGCACUGGAAUGUUCAAUCGUCUUCCAUCUUUGCUGAAACCAAGAUCAGUCCCGAAGCUCUUGUGCAGUCAUUGGAUGCAGACGCUGCUCAGAGCCCUGAUCCCAUUCAGAAAGGAGCUGGUGAAAAGAAGCAGCUGUCGAAGAAGGAGAAAAUAAAGCAGAGGCGAGAGAAAUGGCUAAACAAGAUCGACACCAUUAAACUGGACAGGGAGAAGCAGAAAGCCCUGGCUAAGAGAAAGGCCACACCAGUGGUCGGGGAUAUGCAGGCUCUGGCGGAUGCCUUGCCAGAUCUCUCUGAGCUGCUUACAGCCAGCAGAACACAUUUGCUCAAGAAGUUAAAAACCAAUGUAAAGAAGCCAGAACCAAAAAAGUUCAGUAAGAUGAAAAUUGCCCAGAAACGCAAAUUCUUAGAUUCGGAAAUGUCCAGGUUUGCUGAGGCAAUAAGCAAUUCUGAAUUCAAAAGCAACCCUCUGGCUGCCAUUGGGGAACACCUACAGAAGAGACUGAAACAAGAGGAAGAAGAGAGCCUCAGCUGACUGCAUCGCCGGGGUGUGAGGAUGGGUGUCAUUGUGGAAGACUGGUCUUUUAUUUAUGGUACCUCCUGAGGAAAUGGGGACAGUGAUUUUUCAACUACUCACUUAAUUGUUAUUUUUGUUUUCCCUACUUGUUAUACUUCAUAAGAGUGGAGAAUGUCUGAAGGAACAGCAUCACGGCUGCAAAUACUGCCCAGUUGGAAAAUUAUUGUGAUCGUAUCUUGCGCAAAAAUAAACGUCAAGCUCUGUAUGAUAAUUCUACGGGAAAGGUUCACUAUGUUUGUAUUCAAUGUUUUAAAUUUCCUGAACAUAACAAAAUAGACAAACAAGAGGAGGGCAUGGGGCCUUUAAUGCUCGUUGCCUGGCCUCUUAUAUAUCUUAAUUAUCUGCAUUCCUUUUACAUCUACUCCAUCAGAGCUUGUGUUUUUCCACCAUUUGUAUGACUGGCUCAGAGACCUUUUCACAAACACUUGUUUAUAGAUAGACUUUCUUUAGAGUUUUAAGCAACAGCUUAGCACCCUGCCAGCUAAUAGUUUAUAUGGAAACUUAAAAUGUAUACAGACAUAAACUGGCAGGGACAUGAGGGAGACAUACAAAAAUGAGCUUUUAUGUUUUAUAACAAAAAGUAAUUUACAAAAGAGAUUCUGGAAUAGUAGUGAUGUACUUGAUGCUGCAAUUUAUCACUGGGACGUUUUAAACCCAGCUAUGUAAAAGUACUCAUUAAGUAAUGACAGUUUAUAUUCUUCUGUAUAGCAAUACAUUGUUUGGGGGUAGGGGAAUGCAUUUUUUAUUAACACAUGCCUGUUUUUAUACGUCAUUUGAUAUCCCCAAAUGGAAUAUCGUCUCUCUUCAACCACCUUAUUGAUCUCUCUCUCUCUAGCAUGACUCACUCUUCACUCCAUGCUGCUGUACUCUGUGAACCACUGGGGCCCUCGUUUUGAAGUGCUGGCAUUAUAGAAAACACACGUCUAGGAGAUAUUUUGUUUGCGUCUCCCUUAUAUGAUUCAGUUAUCUUUAGAUAAUCUUGUAAAACACCAUGUUGGUUGUUAUUAGGACUGUAUUUUUUUCACAGUAAAAAAUUGCUUAUUUCGUGGUCUUUCAAAAAUAGAUAUUUUAAGAUAUUUCACUAUCAAACAUAAUAUUUACUAAAGCAGAAACAAUAGUGCUGUCACAUUCAAAAUUGAUUGUUUUUUUAUUACAACAAAUGUUCCUAAAUGUUUAAAUGCUUAUCUGAAAAACCGUAAACGUAAAAUUUUAGAAUAUUUCGUUUUUGUCCACCUGUUAAAGAUGUUCUAUUUUCACCAUAAAACAUAAAUACAUGUACAAAUAACAACAGACAUGUCAAAUGUCCCCUUCUUGUACUGGACAUAGUGACCUUCAGUAGAAGUAUGUCCAAUAUUUGAUGGAGCUGAUGUCUUUUUUGUUAAAGAUAUUUUAAAGAAAUCGUGCAGCUCUAUGUAGUAUAUUCAGUCAUUUAACGGAAGAAAACUAAACUGGCUGCCAUGUUCCUAAAUUAUUUAUGUUUGAGUGAUGAAAAAUAAAGAUGUAUAUUUACACCAUUCUUUCAGAAAUUUGAAAUUUUCACGGGGUACUACAUAUUAUGGGGCAGUGGUAAAAUUUCACAGAAAUCAUGAAAUCCAUGAUCACCGUGGACAAAAUACAGCCUUAGUUAUUAUUCAUCAGAGCAUAGAUUCUGAUUUCUUGACCACCUGCAUGACCAUGUGGUGUGCAGGGUGAGCCAGUCUGUCAGAGGAGCACUUGUUCAAUUCACUGGUUAUUCCACGGGAAGCAUCACAUUGCCUCAGGAGCUCCUGUAAGUUAGAUAGGCAUAAUCAGCAGGGACUGUGUCUCCAUACGAGAAUAGACCCUGCUAGUGCCCGGUGAGCUCAAAGUGCACACUUACAGAGAAGCUGGGUGUAGAGGUGGUGUGCUUGGUGUUGGGGUCGGGGAAUGCACACUGGAAAGUUCCCUUCAGUUCUGUUUGGGGAUUGCUGUCAUAACGGAACAGUGAUUACACAUUCUAAAUUGAGAAGAAAGAGUGACAUAAUUGGGAGCACAAAUUAACUCCAGACAGUGUAAUCAUUUUUAAGUAAUUACGGUGCGCUGGUGUAAUGAGUUUUAGACUGCAAAAAAUUGGAUCUCUCACUCCCACUCAGAUGUUGUAAUGAUGAGUCCAACAAUAAUAUUUUAAUUUACAAUUGAAACUCAUUUACCUAACACUGUAUAAACCAACUGUUGAAAAGGUUAAUCGCAAGGGCAUUAGUCUGUAGACUGAAAAAAACUAUUGAACAAAAUGCAUACAUUUCUGAUGUCCACAGAUUGCAUAAUUCCCACACCAUAAUUUAAAGACAGCAAACAUCAGGUUUUAGCAGCAAAAGAAACAAAAUGAGCUAGGCACACAGCAAACUGUUCACAAACUGAUUGCUGGUAAGUAUUUUUUUAGUUUUUUGGAAUGGAUUCUCACGCUCCUCUAAGUAUGCAUGAGAAUCUGCUAACACCACCCCUUUUUAUGGUGAUGCACUCUUUCAAUGCCUGCUUCCCUCAUUGGCUGGCAGGGGAUGAGACAAGCACAGGCUUCCCAUGAGAAACGUCUCCUGUAAUCACUCCCUCUUUGCACAGAGAGCCUCUGUUAUCCGAUAAAAUUCAAUGCAAUUGUUCAAUGUGUUCAAUGCACGUUUUGUUUGGUGGAACAAGCGACAUUCUAGCUCUGCCAGGGCUUCCUUGCUAUGUUGAAAUCGUUCUAUUCUGUGCAGGUUAUACUUACAGUUGUGCCUAACAAUGAACUAUUUCUAGUAUGCGUCAGGAAUAUUUCCUUUAAUUGUUUGAUUAAGGGUGCAUAUAGAUUUUGCCCUACACAAUACAUAAACCAAGUGCAUUCACAUAAAGAGGGUCAUUAUGGCCAAUCAUGUAAUAGUCGCUGUACUGAAAGGUAAAAAUAUUUGUAUAAAAGCAAGAGUUUAUCAGAUUAUAACCAAAUGCAAUCCAAAAUGUCUACAGCAGGCUAGAAGUGUAAGAUAAAGGUUUGGUGAACAUUGUGGCAAAAUCAAGGCAGUUCUUGUGCUCACAGUGUGACGGAAGGAUGUGAUCAGUGCGUAAGGGUCCCUGUUGUUUGAAUGAGGACUCUAAACGCUAACCUGUAUGAAGCAGCACCGAGUUCAUAAUUGGCUCAGUCGUUGUGAAAAUAGCAAUGUUUGUGAUUUAGUAGAGGUCACAAAGGUAAUUUGAACAGGUUAUUAGAGUGGGCUGUUACUGUGAACAGUCUCUCCCUGAAGGCAUUGAUGCCCUUGGCUUUAAGCAUCUAUCAUUUUCUGUUUUCUACUGCAUGCCAGUGAAUAGCCCGAAAAUAGAACAAUGUAGGUUGCAUUUGUGCAACAGACACACAUUCUCUAUUAAUGAUUGCUUUACAAUCUGCAAUAACAAUGACAACACCCACCAUCUGUUAUUAAUCUAAUAUUAUUGUGUUUUUAAGCAAAGGGAUUGACAUUAGUGUUGACACCAUUAAUUGCUUUUUGGAGUUUCUAAUAAGAACUUAAUCUAGAGGUAACUAUUAUUUAUCUUUUUGGUCACUAAAGCUGUGAGGCUACUUGCACGUACGUGUGAUGUUUUAUAAGGUCUUGUAUGUAUUUCUGUAGUUGGUGGUUGCCUUUACUUUUGUAUUAUACUUUGAAACUACUUUUUAUGACAUUUACAGUAAUACUGGUUUAAUUUCUGUGGUGUGCAUGUAUGUAUCUAUUUAGCCUGGAACAAAGAAGAUAAUUAAGAAAAUAAAAAAAUAAAUGAUAUCAUGCUUUUUAAAAGUUGGAAAUAUUACCCGCCUUCAGUCUAAUAGUUAUGACAAUUAUUCUUUUGGAAUAACUUGGGAUCCACGCAAGAUUUUUUUCAUUUUUUAAUAUUGUAUAAUAAAAUUAAAAAAAAAAAAACUUUAGCCGCUCCAAGUAAAACAUGUUUCUUCAAUAUUUUAACAGUAUGAUGUAGACUUUGAACUUGCUGUUUGUUCAAACCAAUUAUAAACCCAUGAAGCUCACAUCAUAUUUCAGCUUCCACAGAUUCAGGUCAAGUCUAGAUCAUAUUCCAGUGCAUACAGGAAGUGUUUGUUCUGUAAUUCAUUCCUUUUACCCUGCUGCUAUAAUCCAGGUAAACUGAUAGUCGUUAUUAUACUGUGUAUUCUACAGAGGCCACCCAGUGACAGAUUACAUUGUAUAUGAAAAAAUAGCAUAGUUUAUUUUAGUUAAUUUAACUUGGUUUAUAAUAGGCUGAUAUAAAACUAGAUAGCUUAUUGUCUUACCAGACUUGCUGUCUGUAAAGCAUUUAGCAGCUUCCCCACCACUUUUGU